AUGGCCUCCACCCGCUUCAUCUGCCAGUGCUGCAGGCAGCCACUGAAGCUGAGUCCCUCCAUGGAGACCUCCAGUCUUGAGAUCGCCCAAGAACCUGCAGCUUCCACACUCUCAGAGCCACAGGAGGCAGGCGAAACCCUGAAGAGAGGCCCUGCCUCCGAGGCAGAGACAGAUAGUGAAACGCUGCAGGAUAGCACCUCCUGCUCCACCCUCUCUGGUGAUGAGGACAACGGCAAGAUGCCCAGGGACAGUCCUAGAAACUUCGUCUUACUUGGAGAGUUUGCCCCUAGAAGUAUGCUCAGUAGUGUCCAGAAGACUGCUGGGGACAUUUUUGACAUCCUGACUGGUGAAAGAGAUGUGGACCCCCUGUGUGAGGACUGUACUGACCAGCUUUUAGAGGAACUGGACGCCCAACUCUGUCUCACAGAAGCGGAGAAGAGGAACUACAAACACUGGAGGAGGAGAAGACAUGAGGAGGAGCUGGAGACACUGCAGGGGGAGUUGGAGGGCCUGAGGCUUGAGGAGGCAAGGCUGGCUCAGGAGCUGGAGGAGGUGGAGAAGAACCGAGAAAGAGUGGCAGAGGAUCUCGAGGCAGCCCAAGCAGAGACUCGAAUGCUGGACCAGCAGGACGUGCAGUACUGGAGGGACUACAGUAACUUACAAUGGCAGCACCUGGACCUGCAGGAUGAGCUGACCAGCAGGAGGAACCAGCGAGUUCACGUCCAGAUGCAGCAGGACCGGCUGCAGAAGACCAGCAUCUUCAGGGCCACCUUUGAGAUCAGGCAUGAUGGCCCUGUGGGCAUCAUCAAUAGCUCCAGAUUGGACUCCCUCCCCACUGUUCCUGUGAGCUGGAAUGAGAUCAACAUGGCCUGGGGACACACAGCCUUGCUGCUUCACGCCCUGUCCAACAAGAUUGGGCUGCAGUUUCAGAGGUACCGACUCUUCCCCUGUGGAAACCGGUCCUAUCUGAAGUCUUUAACUGGUCACACCAUGGAGCUGCCAUUGUUUUGCAUCCCAGGGCAGAGGGCUUGCUUGGAUGUCAAAUUUGACCUCGCAAUGAUGGCUUUUCUGGACUGCAUGCAGCAGUUCAAGGAAGAGGCUGAGAAAGGUGAGUGGGGAAUCUGUCUGCCCUGCAAGAUUCACAUGGAGAAUGGCCUGAUGGAAGACCCCGGAAGCACUGAUGAGUCCUAUUCCAUCAGAACCCGCUUGAACACGGAGGAGCAGUGGACAAAGGCACUCAAGCUCAUGCUUAAAAAUUUUAAGUGUAGUCUUGCUUGGGUCUCUUUAAAAUAUUGUCAAAAAUAA